AUGAUAAAUAACUCGCCCACUUUAAAUUCUAUUAUCAUUGCCCUUUUCAAUGCCAACGGCCUAAAAAACCACGUCAAUGAAUUGCAGGCAGUUUUAUAUGAAAAACGUAUCGAUAUUGUAAUCCUUGAUACAAGUAGUGAAAACUGGCUUGAAUUAGAUUUCAAGUUUUGUAUAAAAAAAGAAAAUGAAAUAGAGUCGAUGUUCGGCUGA